CGCCCGCGGGGCGUCUGAGGGAGCGGCGGCCGUGUCCAGGCAACUCCGUGUCCAGGGAAGCGCCGGGAGCGCGGCCCCUCCGAUGCUGCCCACCGCCCAUGGCUUUCAGGGAUGUGAAUGCCAGGAGACACAUUGGACUCCAGCAACUCUCAUCCUUAGCAUCCACUGGGAGAACAUUCCUGGGACCAAUGAAAUCACAUAAAUUCAUUGUGGAUGAAAGCACCAACCAGAGCAGAUUGAUUUGUUCUGCUGUUAGGCUGAUUGAGAGUUUGGAUUUGACAAGUGCUGUUGGACAGCUUCUUCAUGAAACCAUUCAGGCUCAGAACAAGGAGUUUAAGACUGGGAUGAGCACCCUGUUGUUCCUGGUAGGGGCAUGGAGCAAUGCUGUGGUGGAGUGCCUCCAGCAGAAUGUUCCUGUUCCAGCAAUAGUGUCUGUGAUGUCUGAGGGGUUGAACUCUUGCUGUGAGAGAGUCCAGUGUCUUCAGAUACCAAUACAUGAUGUAAUGAAAGAGCUUUGUUCUAGCAGAGUUAGGCCAAAGGCUUUUGAAAGCAGAACUGGCCAAGUUGGACGACAUAGUCUCACACAUCCUUGGAAUUUUCUGUGUUUUCAGAGAGAUAUUUCUGCAACAGAAGUAAUUCCAAUAAAUUCUUGUUCCCAUCAAGGAGAUGAUUGUAAUUUUAACAAAUGCCUGGUUUCACCCUUGGCUGGCUUUGGUUCAGCAGCUUCUGUUGUCAAAGCAGUGGGUGACAGAAGUUCAUCUGCGCUGUCUGGAAGUGGUGUUACUGCAUCCAGCUGUAUCACACGGAAGCUAACCCACAGCAGACACUUCAGCACUCUAGGGAAAAGCCGUUUCUCAAGUCAGCAGGAUAAUUUUCAGGGAUACCUUUCAGGACCACCAGCAGAUCCGUGUGCAUGUUGUGGUUUGGGACACCUGGCAAUGGCUCUGAGCCAUGGAAACCAGAGCAGCGUGAAACUGCUACAAAGCAUUGCUGCUUAUCAGCAAGAGAGAGCAGAGUGCGGCGGCUCUUCCCAGAUUAAUAUUGCAGAGAUUGUGACGUGCUGUGUGCUGGGCCUGCCUGAGAGCUAUUCCUGUGUCUCCCCGGGCUUUGUCACAUUAGUGUCACCAGAGCAAGCCACAGUCAUCAAACACCUUGCAGACAAGCCCCUCCGGAUUCUGCUGAUGGAUGGUGACCUCACGGAGCGGUACCGACACUUAGGUUUUAACAGACCACGUAAUGUAAGGACCGUAUUGGAGCAUCCCAACCCACAGGGAGGCAGGGCGGGAGACUUGUGGCUAAGCAGAAUGUCGGAUAUUCUGAUGAGCUUUGAAGUAAACCUGGUUUUGGUCAAAGGAAGCGUGUGCAAGAACUUCAUGGAAAGGUGCAUUGCCAGCAGAAUACUGGUAAUCAGCUGCGUGUCCAGGGAUGUGCUGUGUGCCUUUGGGGCGGCCACUGGUGCCCAGGCAGUGACGUACCUGAGCCAGCUGAACGCUUCCCGUAUCGGGAAUGGGGCCUGGGCGGAGCUGUGGGCGGCCAGCGAUGGGCGUGCGGUGGAUCUGGGCGAGCUGGUGCCGGCGCGGAUCAGCGCGGGAGGCAUCGCCCUGCUCACGGCCGUGCUCACCACUGCCCUGCCUUGCAAGGCGCAGCUCCUCGAAGACCAGUUCUGGACUUUGCUGUAUCGACUCCAUCACGCUCUAAAGGACGGGAGGGUUUUCCCUGGGGGCGGUGGGGUGGAGCUCUUGUGCCUCAGUCACAUCCAGGCGCUCGAAGGGCAGCCUGGGCGACCGGGAAACGACAGAGUUGUGACAGAGCUUCCCAGUCCCUGGCUGGCAGAGUACAAAUCCGUUGUGCUCCAGGCAUUGGCAAGUGGCUGGAAGCGGUACCUCGCCGUGGUCCUCUGUAAUACUGCGAAGGCCAGCUCGGAGCUGGAAGCAGGUGCCUUAGUGGAUCACCACCUCCAGAAAGCAGCGGCCUGUGGCUCUUCCUCAGCUUAUAUUUUGGAAGAGUUUAGGAGAGGUGGAGUGCUCAGGGGUGGCUGUGAUCCCUUCCCUGACCAGGUCACAGAUUUAAAGGUUUGUGAUAACGUUGCAGCCAAGACAGAGGCGUGGAGGAGAGCUCUGGACCUGGUGCUGCUGGUGCUUCAGACUGAUGCCGAAAUUAUCACAGGCCCCAGAAGGAAUCAGAUCCUGAACUCGUCUGUGUCGAACGAAUUUAUGUUUUUAUAGGAUUUUCAGGAUUUGUAAGUCCAUGAGUCAGUGGGAGAAGCCCAGAUGCAACCUAAUGAUUUUAUAAAGCAAACAGUGAGAUGAGAUUGUGACUUUAGAAUGUAACAGCAGAAGUCAGAAUGGGAGACAGUCACAAGGUAAUUUUUUAUUUCUAGAAAUGGGAAAUAAAUAACAAAAACCACUUGUGGACUUACCUGUAACUCAGGCCAUGCGUUUCUGGCUAAUGGUAUUGCCUGUAUGGAUGUCUCCUAAUGUUUUCUGAAGAAAGGUGGAGAUCACCUACAUAAUGUUGCUGUACUUCUGCUAUACUUCCGUUAAAUGAAAGAAUAUAAUGUAAUUAUUUCUUAAUUAAUACCUUGUUCUUAAUUUUUUAAUUGUUUGCAUUUAUGCAAACAUAAAAGUAAGACUUGAAAUAAUGUGAGUGUUACAUUUUAUACUGAGAGAUUGUAUGAAUAAAUUCUAUUUUUGCGUAUUUAUAUGGUCCAUACAUCUACGAUUUCCCAAUAUAUACCCUCUGGAAUUUCUCUGGUUUUGACCAAUUCAGGCUGAAUCCUUCAUUUCGGUAUUACAGACUGGAUGCAUCUCUACACAACAUUUUCUUUUACCUUGCCAACUGGAUUUUUAGAUAAUUUCCAUGGGGUCUUUCAGCUGUCUUUGCAGAGAGGAAAAUGUUGCUGUAAGUUUUAGGUGUUGGCUGACAACUGGGAAAGAGUCUAUCAUGGUGAUUGAGGCACGACAUUUUUGCUGUGUUACAGCACUGACAGUUUGAAAGCUGGGCACUGGAGACCUGGCACUUCAUUGCAAGAGAGAGGUGUGUAACUAUGGAGAUUUUUUUUUUUCUGAACUUGGCAUUCUGAGUCACACUGAAAGUGAAAUGUCUCACCAGUCUGGUGAAAAUAGAAUGGAAAACAAAUGGAAAUGGUGAUGCUAAAGAGGAUCCUUGCAUUCAAGAACUUUCUUAUUAAAAUGUUCAUGGCUGGCAGCACAGAUAAUGAAAUUCAUCCAUAAAUGAGGUUUAUUGGGUCUGUCUUUGAAUUAAAGUCAUGUUACAUCUCUGACUUGAAACUAAAUAUUCUGGUUUUCUGACAGAUCCUAGAAUUUGGUGGAUUUUGGCAAAAUACUGUAGAGGUUUCUAAUUUUAAUUUGGAACAGUAGUUCCUAGAAGCAUAAGGCUCUCGUUUGAUUACUGCUUUGAUCAUCCUGCUAUUUUCAUCAUUAAUUGGUUGGUAGAUUGAUGUGUAGCUGCUUGGCCACACUCUUGAUGUACUAAGACAUGGGAGAGAAAGAGUCUGGUAGAUCAAAAGAGGCAAAAGGAGCUGGGGGCUGUUAAGAGAGGAUUAAAUGGAAACACAACAUAUAAAUAAAUAUAAACAGACUCUGCUGCUCUGCAA